GGUUCCCUCCUCAAGAUGGCGGCACCACCACGCCACGCAGCACCGAGCUCUUCCCUGGAUCCCGGAAUUCCCAUCGGGAUCGCUCCCGGCCCCGCCCCGGGCCCGCCCCGCUGCCCUUUGGCCACCUGGAAAAAUUCCCGAUUUUCCGCCGGCGCUGCUCCCUGCUCAGGAGCCCGAAUUCGGCCCGGCUCCAUGGCGGAGCAGCCGCUGGACCACGGCGUCCAGAUCCGCUUCAUCAGCGACCUGCGGGAGCCGCGGCGCCCCCCGCGCUCCUCCCGCGGCCGCGGCGGCUCCUACGGCGUGGCCGUGCGCGUCCAGGGCAUCGCCGGGCAGCCCUUCGUGGUGCUCAACAGCGGCCAGCGCGGCGGCGACAGCUUCGGCGUGCAGAUCAGAGGGGGACACCCCGAACCCCCCCCGAGCGCCCCCAAAGCCCGGCCCCACAGCGGCUCCGAGGAGGAGGAGGGGGAGAUUUGGGAUGGGGGGAUGCGCGGGGGGCGCGGGUUUUCGGAGGAGGAAGAUUCAGGGGGAUCUCGGGGGGCCCCAAAAGUUUUGGAGAAGGAGGUGGGGGGAGUUCCGGGGGUCCCAAGAUUUUCAGAGCAGGAAGGUUCAGGGGGGUCGCGGGGGGUCCCCAGAUCCUGGGAUGAGGAGCUGAGGAAGGCCCCCAAAUCCUCGGAUCAGGAAAUUCCGGGGGGAUCCAGGGGGGUCCCCAAAUCCUGGGAUGAAGAAACUUCGGGGCGGCCUCGGGGGAUCCCAAAAUUCUCUGAUCAGGACCCGGGAAGAUCCCGGGGUGCCCCAAAAUCCUCGGAUCAGCACCUGAAAAUCGCCAAACCCUCGGAGGAGCUGCGCCGAUCCCAAUCGCACGGGGACCUCAGCGCGCCUUUUCCCAAGAACGGGGAAACACCGGGAAAAAGGGAUGCGGAAAUUCCCAAAAUUCCUGGGGAUGUGGACACGGAGCCGCUGCGCUCCGUGGAUUCCUUGAUCACCAAAUUCGACGGGAAUUUGUCCCGCGGGCGAGCGGCGCGGAGGUUCCGCGGCCCCGGGGCGGCUCCGAGGAAGCGCUCGCAGAGUUUGGAUGCGCGGAGUUCCCGGGAAUCCGCCCCGAUCCCGCCCCAAAUUCCCCAAAUUCCCGGCGGGUUUGGGGGCGUGGAGGAGCAGAGCGUGGAGAUGCAGCUGAAAUCCACACCGGACCUGCUGCGGGACCAGCGGGAACUGGGGGGCGGCGAAAACCCCACCGAGCUCAUCUACAGCAUCCUAAAGGAGGGGAGUUCCGAGAGCGAAAUUUCCCUGAAAAGGAAAACCUCGAGGCUGCUGGGAAAAUUCCAGGAGCUGGCGAGUUCCAUGGUGGCUCCGGACUCGCUGCAAUCCCAAAUCCUGCGGGAGGCCCUGGACAGGAAAUCCCAGGAGCUGCAGCGGAGCCAGGCCCAGCUGAGCGAGCUGAGAGCCGCAAAGGAGGCGCUGGAGGCACAGCUGGGCCGCCUUGAGGGGCAGCUGCUGGCCACCGAUCCCAAAAGUGACCCUGACACACAGGACCUCUACCAGGAGCUGCAGGAGUGCCGGGAGCAGCUGCAGGAGGUUCUGGGGUCGCGGCGGCGCCAGGAGCGGGAGCUGCAGGCGCUCAAGGGGGCCCUGAAGGCCGAGGUGGCCGCGCACGAUUCCGACCUGGAGCGGCUCCGGGGGGAGAUGGAGACGAUCCGGGCGGAGACGGAGCGGGUCUCGGAGGAGAAAUCCAGCCUGGAGCAGGAACGGGAAAAUUUGGGAAUGCAGCUCCGGAAUCUGCGGCGGGAGCUGGAGGAGAGCGCCGAGGAGACAGAGCAGUGGCGGGAAAUGUUCCAGAAAAACAAGGAAGAGCUCCGGAAUGCCAAGCAGGAGCUGCUGCAGGCGCGGCUGGAGCGGGAGGAGUUGGAGGAAGAGCUCCGGGAGCUCCAGGAGCGAUUCCAGGCGGCGCGGGAAGAUCGGGAUCGAGCCCGGAGCGACCCCCAGGAGAUGGAAAAGCUCCGGAAGGAACUGGAGCAGGCCCGGAAGGAACUGGAGCAGGCCCAGAAGGAUCUGGAAAAGCUCCGGGGGGAGCGGGACAAGGCUGCUCAGGCCCAGAUUUCCCUGGAAUCAGCGCUGGAGGCAUCGGUGGAGGCGCGGAAAGUUCUGGAAUCACGGCUGGAGGAAUCCCAGGAACAGCGGGAAAACUGGGAGCGGCUCCAGGAGAAAGUGGCCGAACUGGAGGCGGAGCGCGCGGCGCUGGCCGAGUCGCUGGGAUCCGGCGCGGAGCGGGAGCGGGAUUUGGGAUCGCGCCUGGAGCAAUCCCAGCGGGAGCUGCGGGAUUUGGGAUCGGCCCUGAGCGAGGAGCGGCGCCGGCGGGACCGGCUCAGCCAGGAGCUGGAGCAGAUGACGGCGGAAUCCCAGAGCUCCCUGGCCUUGCUCCGAUCCCAACUGGAAGAAUUCCAGGAAAAAUCCCGGCGGGAACUCACGGAUUCCCAAAAAAUUGCCCAAGACCGCGAGGUUGAGGCAGAAAAAUUCCAACAGAACCUCGGGAAGCUCCAGGACGAGGUUUCCCGGCUGAAGGAGACGAUCCAGGAAAACCGGGAAGAGCGGGAUCGGAUCCUGCUGGACAAGGAGCUGUUGCUGCAGAGGCUCCAGGAGCUGGAGCAGGACCUGGAAAAUCGGAAGCGAUCCCAGGAAGAGCGAGCUCGGCAUUCCAAGGCGCUGGAGGAAAAAUCCAAACGUCUGGAAUUGGAGCUGGACGAGGAGCGGAGCUCGGUGGAACUGCUGAGUGAGAGGGUGACCCGGAGCCGGGAUCAGAUUGAGCAGCUGCGGGCAGAGCUGCUCCAGGAACGUUCGAGCCGCCAGGACCUGGAAUGUGACAAAUCCUCCCUGGAGCGCCAGAACAAGGAGCUGAAGAACCGGCUGGCCGCUUCCGAGGGGCAGCAGCGACCCGGGAACAGCCGCAAUUCCCAGCUGGAAUCGCAGCUGGAAGAGCUCCGGGAGCAGCUCCAGGCCGAGGAGAGGGAGAAGAGCGUCCUGCUCUCGUCCAACCGGAAGCUGGAGAGGAAAAUCAAGGAGUUGUCACUGCAGCUGGACGAGGAGCGGCAGAGCAGCAGCAACCAAAGGGACCAGCUGAGCCUGCGGGUGAAGGCCCUGAAGCGCCAGGUGGACGAAUCCGAGGAGGAAAUCGAGCGCUUGGAAAACGCCCGGAAAAAAUCCCAGCGGGAGCUGGAGGAGCAGCAGGAGCUCAACGAGCAGCUCCAGCGGCGCCUGAAAUCCAUGGAAAAGGAGGCCUGGCGCCGCGCCGUGGACUCGGCGCUGCAAGAUGAGCGGCUGAGCUCGGAUGAGGAAUUCGGGUCCGCAGCCAUCGCCUCCCUCCUGAGCGAGGCCAACCUGCAGGCCAGCUCCUGCUGAGCCCGGGAGGGAAUGCCGGGAAUGCCGGAGUCAUCGUCAUCGUCAUCAUCAUCAUCAUCGAGGCCGGGAUCGGUUCCAGGAUCAGUCCCAUCCUGGGACCGGUUCCGGGCUCAUCCCUGGGAUCAGCCCCCUCCUGCUGAUUCCCGGGAAUUCCGGAGCUGGGAUCGAGUCCGGGAUCAGCCCUGGGGUCAGCCCUGGAAUUCCGGCCGGGAUCAGCCCCGGGCUGCGGCUGCUCCAUAGGAAAAAAUUCCCAAAGCGAGGACAUGAAGGAAAAACAGCCGGGACCCCUGUGGGAAUCCUGGGAUUUCUGGGGAUUUUCAGGGAUUUCCCAUCUCCUGAGGGCACUUUGGAGGAACCCUGGGAUUUCCCCAUUCCAGGAAUUUUUGUUCCCACUUGCUCCCAAAGAUAUUUGGAAUAAAAUCCAGUGGUUUAAGGGCA